CAGGUAAAAGAGAAAAGUAAAAUGGAAUGGGAGAACCAAACUAUUCUGGUGGAAUUCUUUUUAAAGGGGCUUUCUGGUUACCCAAGUCUUGAGCUACUCUUUUUUGUGCUAAUCUUAAUAAUGUACAUGGUCAUCCUUCUGGGCAAUGGCACCCUUAUUUUAAUCAGCAUCUUGGACUCCCACCUUCACACCCCUAUGUACUUCUUCCUGGGAAACCUCUCUUUUUUGGACAUCUGCUACACUACCACCUCCAUCCCUUCCACACUGGUGAGCUUCCUCUCAGAAAGAAAGACCAUCUCUUUCUCUGGCUGUACGGUGCAGAUGUUCCUUGGCUUGGCCAUGGGGACAACAGAGUGUGUGCUCCUGGGCAUGAUGGCCUUUGACCGGUAUGUGGCUAUCUGCAACCCUCUGAGAUAUCCUGCCAUCAUGAGCAAGAAUUCCUAUGUGCCCAUGGCAGCUGGGUCCUGGUUUGCAGGGGUUAUCAACUCUGCAGUACAAACUACAUUUGUGGUACAAUUGACCUUUUGCAGGAACAAUGUCAUCAAUCAUUUCUCCUGUGAAAUUCUGGCUGUCAUGAAGAUGGCCUGUGAUGACAUCUCAGACAAUGAGUUCAUCAUGCUCGUGGCCACAACAUUGUUCACAUUGAUGCCCCUGCUCUUGAUUGUCAUCUCUUACUCAUUAAUCAUUUCCAGUAUCCUCAAGAUCCACACUUCAGGGGGGAGAAACAAAGCUUUCUCUACUUGCUCAGCCCAUCUGACUGUGGUGAUAAUAUUCUAUGGAACCAUUCUCUUCAUGUACAUGAAGCCCAGGUCUAAAGAGACACUCAAUUCAGAUGACUUGGAUGUUACUGACAAACUUGUAUCCAUGUUUUAUGGGGUGAUGACUCCUAUGAUGAACCCUUUAAUCUACAGUCUCAGAAACAAAGAUGUGAAGGAAGCAGUAAAACACCUACUUAAAAGAAAAGUUUUUAACAAGUAAAUGGGAAAGGAACAUGUGAUUUUUAUAAUCACAGUGAGGAAAUGAGGAAAUUGAAGCCAAAUGUGUAGGUUCUUGCUAUUGUGUCAAAUUUACCUCUUGCUGCUUUCAAGCUCUAAAAUAUUUUUUUUGGUGCAGUGCACAAUGAAAGUAAGUAAACAUCAGUGUUUUAAGAGUGGAGUCAAUGACUGUAGUUUGCUGUUGUUAUGAUGAGCCUGAUUGUGAGGGCAAGUGGAGGGAUGGUGGAAUAUGGAGAGAAAUUUCUAGAUGAAAGUUAUACUAGUAUUAAAACCUUAAAUUUUUUGAUAUGAUUAUUUCCAAAACCAAUUUUACAUUUUAUUUACAACAAAGAAUGAAAUCUGAUUUCAGAUUUUUAAAACUCAGUUAAAAUUAUGAGUUUCCAAAACUGUACUUACUGAAAUAAUUUAAUUUAUUUGAGGUCUAUUCAGUUGUGUAAUGAUGAUUAUCUUAUAUCUAAGUAGCUGUAUACUAUUAAAUUUUGGGUUCUAAAA